AUGCCUCGCCUCAAACGGGAAUAUACCUUCUCAAACACACCGAUCCAGCGUCUCUUAAACCUCUUUCGUUCCAGCAGAGGCCCUUAUCGCAUUCCAGAUUUUAAAGAAGAGAGUUGUUCUGUUCAGACACCCCUACCUGACAGAGGUCUUAUUUCAGCACCUCCCGAGAUUAAAAACCAAGGGGUUAGACUACUACAACUGCCACCAGAGUUGAUAGUCCUUGUGAUGCUAUUUCUCCCACACAGCUCUCUCUAUAUGGUCCGCCAAACCUGCAGCGCCUUACGCAACUUGGCAGACGAUUUCAAGUUCCAGGCUUUCCAGACUGACAUUCUUCGGAGUGGCGAAGAGCAUUCAUGUAUCACUGAAGCUCAGUUCGGUGAACUUAGAGGGAUUCAACGGAUACUGCUACGAAGAUCCCUUUGUACUCCCUGUGGCCGCCUCUUCGACUCAGGGGCACUGGAGAGUAGAUUAAAGGACCUGUGGCUGCCGCGCCACUGUACUGGAUGUCGUCAAGAGCAUCCAACACUUCUAUUUCCUCAGGGCCAGCGACCGACCUAUAAGUGCGUUGGAUUACUGGGCAAACUUGCUGUUUGCAAGCACCUCAGCAUUUCCGGCAAGGUCAAGCCGUACAUCGGAAGGAAGACAACGGUCAACUGUACCGAUCCGGAACAUGUUAUUAUCGGCAGAAAGAAGUCUGGAGAUCUGCCGGCCUUCCAGAAAUACCGUGCAGGUAUUUCCGUCGACUCCAAGUACUGUAGGGAUACAUCAGAAGUGUUCAGAACAUUCCCCUUGGCAAAACUCAACCCUCAACAAUUCCCCGAGUUAGAAGCUUUGAAAAGUCAUCUGAUGAAGUAUAUAAGGCAGUUGGAGCCGGGCAGUCUUUGCCUCCAUGCUUCGAAUCAACUCGAUUCCAUCAUUUCAUGCCUCGUUUCGGAUGAUUGCCCUCUCUCGAAGUACCCCAACAACCCCCAUAAGCUGCCUGUGUGUCAUGCACACGAUUUAAAGUACCAGACGAGACUCGAGUGCCCCGGACACCAAUACCGUUGUCGCUACUGUGACACACAAUACCUCUGGGUUCUUGAGGGAGAUUAUGUUGCACUCCAAGUCCAAAUGAGAAUACGCAGUGUUAGUGCGGAUAGCAUGGAUUGGCUUUCGAACCUCACUUUUGACAGUGAGGAUCAUCCCAUUUUCAAUAGCUAUACUGAAGGGAUACUAUGGUGCAGUGAUCCUUCUUGUGGUACGAAUUGUGGCUAUCGCUGGCUGAAGAUGGUGGAAAUCUUCAAGAGAUCUACACUUAAUUGGGGUCAUCUGAGCGUGAAUCUUUUCGAUCGGGAACCUGAAUUUAUGGUCAGAUUCCCUUUGAGCUUGGAAUACCAGACGUUUGAGACCUCAUCUUGGGAACAUGGACUCACGCGCCUGGACUAUCUUUGA